AUGAACCCAACGGAUAGGAAGGGCAAAGGUAUUGCCAUUGACGAUGGUGACGAGACGAUUGCUUCUAUUGCGCGUCGGAUGCGAUCUUCCGCUCAUCCGGAGACGCUUCUCGGUGGAGCCAUCCAAGCGGAUGCGGCGGAACGUCGCAGGAGGACGCCGGUGGAUGAAGCGGCGGCCGCUGCUGAGGCCGAGAGGGUGGUUGAAAGGGCUGAGAUGGAAGAGGCGAUGAGAAUCGCCGCGGAAGCCGAACGUCGGGAGGAGGCUGAAAGAGCGAGACAGAGGGAUGGAGAAGAGUCCGACUCCGGUGACGAAACCAAUUCCGAUUGUGAUGAUGGGACGCCGCCGGGCCAUCCAGAUGUGGAUCAUGAGGACAAUGAGGGAGAGACGUCAGGCCAAGCGAGGCUUGAGAGUAUUCCGGAUGUAAUUAAGAUGCCGAGUCGUACACCGUCGUCGGGCCUGAUCGAUGAUGGGAGGUCGUGGAUGACAGACGAGAUUCUUCAAGACCUCGUGGUGGAGGCCGGGUUUCCUAAUUCUGUGGAAUUUUGCAUUCCGGAUCAUCAUGAAAGACCCUAUACUUCCCCGGCGGGGUGGAUGUGCGUCUACGAGUGUUUUUUUAGGGGGUCUACAACCAUUAUGUGGCAUAGGAGUUACAUCUCGUACAAAACUUAA